AUCAAGAUCGCAUUCUCGUCACUGUUUUCUCUGCUCCGAAUGUGAGUUUUUUCUUUCUUUUUUUUUGCCACAAAGUUACCUUGCUAAAACUGGUUUCUAUAGUACUGUGGUGAAUUCGACAACUGGGGUGCAAUAAUGUCUGUUUCGGGCGAGUUGCUCUGCAGCUUCGAGUUGCUCAAACCUCUAGACUCUACAGCUUUGAAGAAUCAUAUCAAGAAAGGUCGCAACAAGCGAAAUAGCAUUCUCAGCAGUCCUCCUGCCGCGGUAUCUGCGCAAAGUUAUUAGACGCAUCAUUGCCAAGAAUCACCUUUGCAUCAUCUUUCAUCAUGUCGGGUGCUCUGCACCACCGUGUUAACCUAUCAUUUGCAUUACUGCGACCGUUUCCUUAUCCGGAUAAGACUUCCCAAUAUCUGUGCGAUCUCUGCGCUCCAACCCCUCCUGUCCCAGGAUAUCAUCCCGGGAGGAGCUCACGCGCUCUUCAAUAAAUGGAGAAAAGCCGACCCUCGGGCCAAGGUUCUGCCUAGAGGACUCGAAAAACAAAUGGCUGUGGCCAGAUUGAAUACCGCCCGCAUGGGACGAGUGGUGGAAGAAAUCUUCUCUUCGCGAAGCGCCAUAACUGCGCAAGAGAGAGUUUCUGCUUGAAAGUCCAAAAGGCAAAUACAGGCCAUGGAAUCUUUUACUAUAACGAGACGAGAAUAUAGAGAGAGAGGCCAGGCAGGCGAACGUGC